AGGACGAGUCUGCCGUUGUUCGUCCAACAGAUGAAAACCAAGGAAUGCAGCAAUCAUCAUCCACAGAGGGGACAUGGGCAUCUAAGGACGGUAAUAUAAAAUGGUCAACAUCACCACACCCAAGCCGAGGCAGACUGUCAUCUUCCAAUGUGAUCAAAAUGACUCCCGGUCCUACAAGAUUUGCUGUCACACGAGUUGAUGAGAUUCAAUCAGCAUUUCAGCUCUUCAUAUCCUCACCAAUAGAGAGGAUUAUACUGGAAAUGACCAACUUGGAGGGGAGACGUGUGUUUCAAGAGAAAUGGAAGCCACUGGAUCAGACUGACUUGAAUGCUUACAUUGGAGUUCUGUUAUUAGCUGGAGUGUACAGGUCAAAGGUAGAAGCAACUGCAAGUCUAUGGAAUGAAGAGAAUGGAAGGCCAAUCUUUCGUGCAACAAUGUCUCUGGAGACAUUCCACAUGAUAUCUCGUGUGAUCCGCUUUGACAACCGCGACACCAGAGCUGGUCGACGUGAAAGAGACAAACUAGCUGCGAUCAGAGAUGUGUGGGAUAAAUGGGUUGAAAUGUUACCUUUGUUGUACAAUCCUGGUCCCCAUGUUACUGUAGAUGAGCGCCUUGUUCCAUUCAGGGGGCGCUGUCCUUUCCGACAGUACAUGCCCAACAAGCCCGCCAAGUAUGGCAUCAAAAUAUGGGCAGCCUGUGAUGCAAAAUCCAGCUAUGCAUGGAAUAUGCAAGUAUACACUGGAAAGCUACCUGGAGGAACAUCUGAGAAGAAUCAGGGGAUGCGUGUGGUGCUGGAAAUGAGUGAAGGGCUGCAAGGUCAUAACAUCACAUGUGACAACUUCUUCACAUCCUACCGCCUUGGAGAUGAACUUCAGAAGAGAAAGCUGACCAUGUUGGGAACAGUCAGAAGAAAUAAGCCAGAACUUUCCACUGAAAUUCUGAAGAUGCAGGGCAGACCUCUGCAUUCCUCAAUAUUUGCUUUCACUGAGAAAGCAACAGUUGUUUCAUACUGCCCAAAGAGAAACAAGAAUGUUCUUGCAAUGAGUACAAUGCACACAGAUGCAUCUCUGAGCACAAGAGAAGACAUGAAGCCACAAAUGAUCCUGGAUUAUAACUCCACCAAAGGAGGAGUUGACAAUCUGGACAAAGUCACAGCAACAUACAGCUGCCAGCGCAAGAGGAUUAGACUAAAUAGUUCUUAAAUAUAGUAUUGGAAUUAAAAAUGUAUUGUAUGUCACUUUUCUAAAUGUUUAUGUAAUCUAAAAUAAAGUUGUUAUUGGUUUAACCUGUUUUCUUGACUGUUUUGAGUGCAUUUACACAGUAUGGGUCAAAAUGACCCGCAACAUAAUCAAUGUAAUUUUUUUUCAACAUAAUA